UUGGUGGGAGCCUGUUGGUGCCAGGCAAACUGAACUGUAGCGGCAUAAAGUGGACUUUGGAUGUCGCCGGGGCCUCCUCAGCCCUCCUCCGCCGCUUCGUAGACACCGACAGAGUCCCCAGGCAGACGGCCACUGACUGCGGUGGGUGCCCAGCCAGCGAAGCGGGAGCCAUGCCUGUCCCCGCCGGAUGCCUCAGCGAGUCCCCCGCCGCGGCCUUCUCAUCCUCGGCCUCGCUUAUCCCGCCGCCGCCGAUAAACACGCAGCAGCCCGGCGUUGUCACUUCGCUUCUGUACAGCGGCUCCAAGUUCCGGGGCCACCAGAAAAGCAAAGGAAACUCGUACGACGUGGAGGUGGUGUUGCAGCAUGUGACGAUGGAGGAUUCCUAUUUGUGUGGCUACCUGAAGAUAAAAGGCCUGACAGAGGAAUAUCCCACUCUGACCACGUUCUUCGCGGGAGAGAUCAUCAGCCGGAAACGGCCUUUUCUCACCCGGAAGUGGGACGCUGACGAGGACGUGGACCGUAAACACUGGGGAAAGUUCCAGGCUUUUUACCAGUAUGCCAAGACCUUCAACUCGGACGACUUCGACUACGAGGAUCUGAAGAACUCGGAUUAUAUAUUCAUGAGGUGGAAGGAGCAGUUUCUGGUCCCCGACCACACGAUCAAAGACAUCAGCGGCGCUUCCUUCGCUGGAUUCUACUACAUCUGCUUCCAGAAAUCCACAGCGACGAUCGAGGGCUACUACUACCACCGGAGCUCUGAAUGGUACCAGUCCCUGAACCUCACCCACGUUCCCGAGCACAGCGCCGCCAUCUACGAGUUCCGGUGACCCCGGCCCGGCGUCCGGGAUCUUUCUUCUGUUGGACUGAGACUGGAGGCAGAGCAGAGGUCUGUCGAUGCUGCUGGGGGGGGAACCGCAGGACCACAAGGACCAUCCGGAGCUGGGGUUUAUGUGAAACACAAACUUUGACACUUUGUAACGGAUGUACGGCGAGACGCGGGACGAGCGAAUGUACGGCGGAGAUGAAGAGAACGGACGAGCCUCCCUCUCGCUCCUGGAGAAGAGCCGAGUGGGGGGGACCCCUCCAGAUGUUUUCAGCUUCUCACCGGGCCGGCGUGACGUGAGCAACGUCAGGAAAACACUCAGCUAACGCGACAAGGAUCCCUGCCAGGAGUCCGCUCCCAGGAAAACCCUCCAAAGAAGGAAAGCGUCUCCAGACACUCGCGGCUUCAGGACGGAGCUUCAAGACGCCCCUGAGCUACAGAGACAGUAUUUUUAGGCUAAGCUGGUUCUUCGUUUGCCUGCCAAGAGUAUAUUUUAUUAUUUUCCUUCAACGCGACGGACACUGAGCGGCACUUUUCAAAGGCUACAAUCAAAAAAAAAAAAAAAAAGGAAAAAGUGACAGUAAAGAAGCUUCCGUCUCCCUCGGUGUUCUGAACCCUUUGGGGAGAUUUUACUACUCAUAGGAUUGCCGUGGAUCUUGUAUUGAGUUACAUUUGCACAAAGUAUGGAUAUGUUACUAAAGCGAUUGCAGUUGUCGGCGUACGCUCGCCUCCCAGGAACCGCCGGGCGGCAGAAGAGCUUUCCGACUGAAUCUGAAGGGUUUCGUUACGCGGAGGCCGCAGAGCCACAACCCUCCUAACACAGUAUUUUUCUGCCCUCACAGCAUUAAAGCAAAGAGCUUUUUUCCCCUCAUCCUAGAGUACCGGUGGCGUCUCCUCGACUAUGCAACACUUUGAAGAGAGCACUCUCCCCGACAGCAGGCCCCGGGUCUUCACAGGCAGAGUUUAUUCUAUCCUCAGAGUAUAUUACAAAGAUCUAUCACCACCAGAGAAAGUAUUUUUGUUGGAUUGUCUACGAUAACACUUCCCUCCCUGAACUCGUCCCCGCCUCCAUGUGACGGUGCCAUCUUUUUAAAGCUUAUCAGAGUUGUAUUGUAACCGGUUGGAGGUGUGUUUGUCUGAGAUUUGGUUGAUUGUGUGUGUGUGUGUGUGUG